AUGGUCGCCGUCGAAAAGUUCACCAAGUCCAUGCCCGUCCCUCCUGCGGCUCACGACUACUCCGGCCUGCCCGCCGUCGCCAGCUAUCCCAAGACCAACUACUACCCUACCGCCAUCGUUCCGAUCCGACCCAAGAUUCGAGGCCCCAAGGCAUUCACCAUGUCCAUGACCAUCCCGCCCACCACUUACGACAUCACUUACGACAUCACCGACGACAACAUCAAGUCCGCCAUCCAGGAUUACAAGUCGGAAGAAGCCAAGCUCGAUGCUUGUCCCGCUGUCACCAGGCGUAUUAUUGAUCUGAAGAUGAAGGAACUCGGUAGGGGUGGAUGGGAGGAGUUUGCCACGAAGAAGAGGGCGGAGAACAUGCGUAUCUUUGUGCAGGAUAUGGCCCGCCUGGGUUGGAAUGUUGAACUCGCUAAGCGGGCUGAGGCGGAGAGGGAUGGUGAUGGCCGGUGUCUUGGCGCCUCUCAUCGCGUUGGAUCGGAAGUUGAGAUGUAA